AAGGGCACAACUUCAGAAGCCACUAGCAUUUAUAAUUUUCUGAUUUGAGACGUCCACAUCAAAUACAUGUAAGAAAAAAAAGUUUUGAACACCGUCCUCGUGGAAGAGAAGUAUACUACCUAUGUAUUUGUAUAUGCCUGCCCAUUUUUAUCUUUGGGUGUGACUUGGAAAAGAAAGCAGUAAGCAAAUUAUGAAAGUGAAAAUGCUUAUGUAGUUUUAAAGGGAACAUGGCAUUUACCAAGGAACCCCAGAUCGUCCUUCUUCAGACACGCGUGUGCCCUGAAAACGCCGGGUCCCUGUCCAUCAGCGCUACACAUGAUACUGGAUGCCAGGAGGACUUGCAAUGCCCAGUCUGUGCUGAAUUAUUUGAAGACCCAGUUGUAGUGGAAUGCGGGCACAGCUUUUGCAGAGCUUGUAUUGAGAGCUUUUGGAACAAAGAAAAAGAGCAGCACUGCCCCAAAUGUCAGGAAGGCACAACGAAGUUGUACUUUAUUAGUCGAUCCCUUGCUGCCCUGGCAUUAAAAGCCAAAAAUUCCAGCUUGGAAUACCCUUCAAAAAAGGACAAAAUACAAGUGACCUUGGGAAAAGUAGAAAAGCUACAGCUGCAGGAGAUUAGUAGCGCGCAGUGGCUUGAAGAUGACCGGUGCAAAAGUACGGCUUUCAGUCUGGACAACGGGCUUAGCGAACCCCAGUUAAGUGAACCCAACUCUCCAAACGGCAGGCCUCAUUUGCUGUCAGACGGGAACAGCAAGGCUUUUACCCGCCUGAAAAAAUUGAAAGACAAGGCACUGACUCCAAUUCUAAAAAAUAAUGUUAGGGCUGCAAGCUAUGACGGGGAUGCUGCAGCCCACCUGGGCAAAGUGGAGAGUCCGAGGUUGCACAGUCCUAAACGGAGAUACAUUUGGGAAAAUGAAGCCAGCGUGACCCCGGAGGUGGCAGUCCUACAGGAAGCAGUUCAUAAGGAAAAGCUUGACAAUGCUGAAACUAUUCUAAAUUCCAGGCUGAAAGAACUUAUGGAAUUGAAGAACAAACAAAUGAAAAAAUUAAAAGAAGUCAAAGGAAUGGUUGAAAGUGUACAAGAGUUGCUUAUAUCUCAGUUUACCACACUGCACCUGUUUCUCUGGGACAAAGAAAAAGGUCUCCUCCAAAAGCUUGGUGACCAGGAACAAGAGGGGGUAACAGAAAUGGAAGACAACCUCAGAAACAUUACAGAGGAAGAAAAUUUUAUCCAGGAAAUGCUAACUAAAAUUUGCUCCAGGCUGUCACAGAAAAACUGCAUUGCUUUUCUGACAGAAACCCAGAGUUUAGUGGACAGGUUUUCUGAGUAUCAACAGACUGCCAGUGAAACGAAGUUGGUAACCUCAUAUGAUCUGAACCUGGAAAUGUACAGCGGGCCCCUAAUGUACAAUAUUUGGAAGGAAAUGAAAUCCAUCGUCACCCUUGGUAAUGAAAAUGCAGAGCAAUGAGUCACCGUUUUCAUUAUUAUCUGAGCUGGCAUCAGAAUGUGGGAUUAUACUGUCUUUCUCCUCAUGAAGCAGUAAAAGUUCUUCAUGGAAGUUCACUUUAAAAACAAGUACUAAACACUACAUUCUCAUAAACAGUGGGAUCAGUUGGAGAUAGUCUAAAUAAUCCUUUGAUAAUGAAAAACAUGAUACAUUGCUUUUCUGCAGUUCAUGUGCACUGUGCAUUAUUGUUCUGUGACUAUUGUUCAGUGGUUCUCAGGUUACCUGAAAGGCAGAAGACAUGUUUUCAUGUGAAACAAGACA